UUUUCAUUCAACCUCCCCCUCCCAGAGCGGAGUCAACAAUGUAGGAUCUUCUUGGAAACCGAAUGGCGACGUUGUGAAUUUCCCAGCUAGCCCCAUUUCCAACCAGUUUCUGCCAACCCCUUCGCAAUAGGACUUUCCUGAUCACAGAGACAGUUCCUCCCAGUUCAUUUGACGAGUCUCUUUGCUCUAGAUUCCUUCUCCCUUCGGCCAUGACCUCCCAGGCCCAUAUCCCUGGCCCGCCCCCCACUUCCUGCCCCCCCAGUGCACCCUCACUGCUUUUGCCUGCCUUCCCUGGGGCUGCACUGCUGGUGACCUCCUCUGACGCCCCAGGAAGCAAGUUGAUCAUCAAGCUGAAAAGAGAAGGACCCAUGGUGGGCGGUGCCGAGGAAAUGCCCCGUACUCAGACUUUCUUCCUGACGGGGAUGCCGCUGGGCUGGGCCACGCCACGCCGGGACGGGCCUACAGGUCCUGGGGUCCGCACCGUGUUGCUGACAAAAGCUGGCGAGGAGCCAGUCGGGAGGAAAGCGAGAGUACCAGAGACUGUCCAGUCCACACGUGCUCCCCCUCCCAGUGAUGCGUCCUUUGCCUGCACCUCCAAGGGAGUAUAUGAGAAUUACCGGCGUUGGCAGCGUUACAAGGCUUUAGCCAGACGCCACUUCCCUGCCACGCCGGAUGCCGAGGCGCUCGCUUGUUUCUUCAUCCCUGUCCUCCGUUCACUGGCCCGCCUGCGUCCCGACAUGACCCUGGAAGAUGGCGUCCCCCGUGCCGUCCAGGAGUGGGAGCACAGCAGCAACUUUGAGCGCAUGAUCUUCUACGAAAUGGCAGAAAAGUUCAUGGAAUUCGAAGCAGAAGAAGAGCAACAGAUCCAGAAGAUGAAGCUCCUGGCCAGCUGCUCCCAGUUCCAGGCUCCAGCCCCUAAGCCUACCAAGCCACCUGCUUCCCCUGCCCCGGAAUCUGGGCAACAGCAAGUUUACAUUCCUAAGAAGUCAGCCUCCAAGAGUCGCCAGCCCCGGCGUCGCCAGCGGCGCCCGCCCAGCACCUCCACCCCAGGAGCUCCCAGGGAGAUCCCCGCCGAGGCGGUCCACCAGUAUGCCGAGAUCAUGGAAGGGCUGGACACAAGUUGGGAGGAGGAAGAGGAUGAGAAGAAGGAGCAGGGGGAGUGUGGAGCCCCCCAAGACCGGAAGGAUGUGGUAUUUCCAGACUUCAGCCUGCUACAGUAUAUUGACCAGCUAUGUGACAAUGAAGAAUUUGUCUGUAAGGUCGAAGCCAUCAUACAUCCACAGUUUAUAGCUGACCUGCUGUCUCCAGAGAAAAACCAGGAUCCCCUGGACUUGGUGGAGGAAUUGGCAGAGGAGUUAAACUUAACACCCAAUCAGCUCAUAGAGAAGAGAGUGUUGGCACUAUCUGAAGAAGAAAGGGAGCCCUCCGUUUGCCACACCUCCCAUUCUGACUCUACCCCCUCCCAGUCUGAGGAAGAGGAUGAAGUCAGUGGCAGUGGUAAAGGCGAAGAUGCUUCAUGCCGUCCGAUCAAGAGGCCGCCUAACAAGGGCAUUAGAACCACUCAGUCAGAAUUACCAACACAGGUCAUCAGUUCUCUGUUGACAUCUCAUUCACACCAAGAAGUGGGAGAGAGUGAUUUUCUACCGAAAGGGAUCAGAGCUGUAGCAAGCUCAUUUCCUCAUGAAUGUGGCAGCCAUGACUCUCAGGAAGGAAGACUGUUGCCUUCCCUGAAGCACACAGGUAAGGAAGAAACCCCUAACACACAGAAACAGGACCAAGUUGGAGGUCACCUAGGACAGACCAGUGGUGCCCCUCCUCAAACCCAGUGGGUCAGGUUACAAGCUACUUCAAGCAUAACCAGAAACAGCAGCCUCUUUGGGAACUUAAUGUCACAAGGAGAAAACAAGACAGGACAAGGAGCUCAAAGGUCAUAUGCCAUCGAGCAUCCCAAGCAAAAUGGCAGCCAAGGAGGAAAGGUCAAGGGUCAAGUGGAGAUUCCAAGGGUUACCGAGCAGGACAGCCAUGUUGUCCAAGCACCGUUCCAAAACAGUACCCAGUUAAUUUGGAAAAACCUAGUAUCAGCCCACAAUGGAUGUGGGGAAAAAGAUGGAGUCCAAAUAGGGGAGGUCAAAAGUCUAAAGAAAAUUCAGAUUGUCUGGGAAGGACAGGGAGAUGAUCCAAGAGGCACUGACCAUGCUAAUCAGGACAGAAACAAAAUAUUGUUCAGAGACCACUUGGCAGAAGAAAAAGAUGUAAAGUUGACUUCAAAUGGGCAUGGAGAACAAAACCCUGACCAUGCAGAAAAGGUUGCAGGUCCAUCUCUAGAUAGUAGGGGAUCUGAGCUUGACAGUCAGGAUAGGGGUACGGCAUCUCAGUGGGACAACAAGUUAAAGCAAGUCAGCCAGGAUCUCACUCAGCCUGAAUGUGAAAAGCAGGAUGGGUCACAGGAAGAGGUGGUCAAAUAUCAGCACCAAUUCCAGGCUACCUGGAAAGGGCCAAAGUCUACUCCUAAUGAAGCUGCAGCCCAGUUUGAAAGCACAAACCUAUGUGGCCAAAUCCUGGCAAGCCAAGGAAACCCAAUGGCAAUCUCUUGUGGACCUGGAAAACAACUUAAUGGCCAAGCACAGGUCAAAUUGCAGAAGUCAUCACAGGUUGGCUGGGAGCAAAUGAGGGCCACUCCAGCUAAUACUAACAGCCCAGUCAAAAUCACAAGGUUGUCUGCAGAUAACCUAGCAUUACAACCGUCAACUUCCACUAGACAAAAUGGCCAGCAGCCAGCUAGCCCACCAGUAUUGGAAAUAAAUCAGGAAGUUUGCUGUCCUAUCCUAAAGUCUCAUAUUGAACUCAGCAGCAGCUAUGGGCAGCCAUUGGCUUUAGUUGAUUCUACUGGGGGAGGGGAGCUUGAAGAGCAAUCACCAAGUAUCCAUUCCGAACAUCCACCACAUUUCACCUGCUCACUGAUGGAGUCUCCAACUUCAAGGAUGCAGAAAGGCCCUGGGAGAUUCCAGGGGUCUCAAUGGCCAGUCGCUGAGCAGGGUACAGUCAACUCUUGGAUGGGAAGUCUAUCCGACGACAAGCAGAUCCUAAAACCCACUCUGAAUCCUUCAGGUUAUGUCAACACAGUUGAGACUGAUGGGGGUCUUAGUGGAGAUCACACACCUGUACCCAUCAGCCCUGCCAAAGCAGUGGCAAUGCUUCCACCACAACCCGGUCUCCAAAGCAAUAGUAGCAGCCAUGAAAAAGAUGAAUCCAACCAGAUAUUUCAGUCUAGCAAUCCUGCUUCUUCCAGUGUCCACAGUGGAACCACCAGCUCAGAGAGUGAUGUGCAGAGCCCGAUUAAGGGGAAAGGGGGAGAUUUGCUUGAGAGGGUCACUGUGACCGGGAUUGUGCUUCCACAACUCAAUGGAGGGAGCGUGGAACAUGCUCAUAAGUAUGACAUUAAAGAAGACAUGGAGGAGGAUGAAGAGCUGUCCACCUUCUCCUCCUUGCUGGCCUCCAAGCUUAGCCUCUCACCCCACUGUGGUCAUGUUCUUCCACCACGGGAGCAAAGGGACACCUUGACUUCACUCACUGGGACUGGGAAACAAGGUGCAAAGACAAGGCAUUCCACCCGGGUACAAGUGAUCCAGGACUCCUUUGUUCCACCAAGCAAGAACAUGGAAGCCAGCUCAACUGGCCACCGUAGCCACAAAAGAAAGAGCAACAGCUCAGGCACUCGGCGGAGCAAGCGUCUGUGCCAACAGUAACUGGGCCUCUUCUUCCAUCAAGGCCUCGGGAAGUGAUCUCUCUCUGGCAAACUCUUUGAAGUGCCUAUGAUGGCCCUCUCUUCCCCAUUACCCUGAGAUUUCAAAGGCUCGCUGCUCAGAGUGCUACAGAUGGAACAGAAGAGAUUGUCCUGCAAUAUACACAUUCAUGAUCUGUUUAGACAUGCCUCCUUUGGGAUGGGAGAGACCACUAUUUGUUCAAUGUUCUUAGCUGAUUAAAGAGAUUUGGAAUCACA